UUGAGUUAUAAUAAUAAAAAUAUGAAAUCAUUAUUAUUCAGCAGCGAUACGGACGAACCUGAGGAUCAAAGAGAAGGAAAGUGAGUAACUUCUGGAUGCCAUGCUGGAAAAGUAUUGUCUUUUGUUUUGCUAUCUCUUUAUGGACUCUCUUUAAUAAUCUAUACCUCGAUAAUGAUCUAUAAACUAAAGAAAUAUCAUGCGCUCAGGAGGGUUAUCAAUUUCUACAUGUAUAUUGGAAUAUAUCUGAUCUUGGGAGUGCGCAUAGCUUCCGUCCUAUGGCUCAUUUUGUAUGAUGACCUCCAUAGUUACAUUGAAGUUGUCUCAAUCUCAAGCUUUUUAUUAUGAAAUACUGCUACUUUAAUAAUUUGGGCCAGGAAAUGAGUCCUUUUCAGGUUCGAAGAAUCAAGUGAGUAUUAUUCCAAAAUCAAAUGCUUCUCUCAUAUUUUUGCAGCAGGAAUGGUAGCUCUGGUAGCUAUUAGCCAGUCUCUUGGAAUCAUACUUGACAUUCAUACCUACAUUAACACAUCACUGGAAGUAAUCUUUGUAGUCAUAAACCUAUAUUUAACCUGGAAAAUAGUUAAAUAUUUCACAAUUUUUGAUUUCAAUGAGACAAAGGCUAUCUGAAAGUGGGUUUUGAUUCUCACAGCUAGUAUUUUGACUUCUUACAUUGCUAGAAUCUGAAUAAAUAUAUUCGGGUUUGUGACAAACUACAACCUCCUCGUGACUGGAGUUAACUUAAAUGGCAAAAGCAAGAUGGUCCACUUUUCUAUCAUAAUACUGAUAGAAUACAUUCCAAUCCUAGUUUGGAUCCUCUAUAUAUUCUUCACAAAAGGAGAAAUCGAGAGAACCCUAAGCGUUAGCGUGAAGAGCUACGAAAGAAGCUAUGCAUAUCAGAAGCUAGAGAUCGGGGGAACUGUCUCAGGAAACAGUAGCGGAAGUAGGAACACUAAAUUCUCAGAAAUACUAGAAGGUUUCUAAGAAGCUUGAAGAGAAUUCUUACCACAAAGGUGCAAACUAACCCAAGAUAAAAAUCUUUAUCAUGUAAUA